AUGAUGUUGCCUCGGAUAGCCACCAUGACUGCCGCUAUGGCAGUCAUUGGCCUAGCCGAUGCCCGGUCUGUUCUCAAAAACUUACUCAAAGAGCCUACGAAGACGCCCGAGCAUAGAAAGCAACUAUGCAUACCGCAGGGAGAAGGCGACUGGACCUUCACGUUGAAUGCCAAUGAGAUAGACGUGCCCACCUUCGACGCGGCAAAUCCGUGGCCUGGCCUGGUGGACUAUCGAGCCUUUAUCAUUUACGACAACAACUGUAUUGCUCACGGCGUAUACAGUAGAGGCGAUGGCUCCACUCCCUUUAUCAUUCAAGACAAUUACCUGCCCUAUGUCAUCAUCAUUGACUCGGUCAACCUCAGUAUAGGCGGCUUAUACUAUCGAUUUGAAUACGCCGACGGUCGAUACAGCAUUGGAAACAACCACUGCAAGUGCGAUGACAUGAGUCAUGGGCUUACUGCUGAAGAAGGUUGCAAAUGCGCCUUCCCGCUCCUAGGAGAGCAUCCUACGACUACAGCCGAUCCUCCCACUCCUCCUCCCACGUCCACCUCUACCCCACCGCCUGCGUCAAAGCCCUCCAAGUUCAUAUCACUUUGCGGUCUGGGGUCGAGCCGCUGCUCAGUUGCUCUUGGCUUCAACGAUAUGGGAUGGUUCUACUCCGAUGACGUCGGCACUCUCGAGAGCAUGAAAGCUAUCGUGGAUCAAGCCCGCGCUGCCAAGCCUGACAUCAAAUUUGCCAUUGCCAACGUCCCUCAACGAACAUUCAUCGGCGGCCGCCAGGAUCUCGUCGACAAGACUACGCGGUACAAUGCUGCUCUUAAAGAUGCGAUACCGCAGUGGUCCACCGAAUCUUCGCAGAUUGAGCAUGUUGAUUUUGCUGGCCAUUACGACUGUCAGCCCUCUGGAUGUCCCGAUGGCUAUGAUGGGUUGCAUCCCAAUGGUGUCGGUGAAUAUUCCAUCGCCAAGGCUUUCGCCGAAACUCUGCAUGGCAAGUUUGGCAUCGGUUCUGGCGGCUUGGAUGAUCCCCAAACAUAUCCCAUUCGAAAUGUCAACGUACCUAACAACAUCAAGGCCGAGGGUGUCGCUACCGGCGUAGCCGUAACCUGGGACCCCGUCUUUGGUGCCAUGGGCUAUGACGUUCGUCAGCGCAUUCAGGGCUUUGGUGACUGGGAAGAGGGCCGCACGGGAAGUAAUCGUUUGGAUACGACCUUGACCGUUGCUGGACUGACGUGGGAAUACCAGGUCCGAACGAGCGCCGGUGAUCAUGCCAAGGGCGAGUGGUCUGGCACUGUCUCUGCUGUAUCCCGCAGAGACACACUUCCUCCUCCAGAAACCAUCACUGUCAGCCCCACUGGCUCGGGCAUUGAUAUGUCUUGGAGUGCUGUUGGCGGUGCUGAUCUUUACGAGGUGUUUGCGUGGGAUCAAGACACACCCGGCGCCUGGGUUGGGGGGUAUGGUACGCGCGGCACCAGCAUGAGCAUCCCCGACCUGAAAUCGGGCAGCAGGUACUCUCUCUGGGUUUCUACCUGGGGCAGUCUUGGAGGCGGCCUUCCGGGCGAGGCCCGCGCCGCUCGCGUGGGACAUACCGUGCCCAGUCCUCCCAGCAAUCUUCGCGUCGUCAACAAGGAUGCCACCACCGUCCAGCUGUCAUGGGAUGCCUCCGACGCGGCCUCGUACCAGAUCUUCACUCGUGAGGUCCACAGCAAUGGCGAAUAUUCCAAGGACAACGGCACCGAGGUAACCACUUCUCGAGGAAUUGCUUUCCUGUUUCCUGGCACCUGGAAUUAUGAAUUUUGCGUCGGUGGCAUAAAUGGAAAGUACUCGUCUGCUGGUACUUCCAACUGUGUUGUUCCUGACAAAAUGCCCGGGUAUUAG